CAAAAUAGCUCUUGUGUGGCUUUUGUCCAUGCUCGUCUCCAGCUCGAUAACAGUAUUAGGUAAGACUAAAUCAAGCCAGUCAGUUCAGAAUUAGAGAUAACAUGUUGUCUCAGGGGUUCACGACGCGUCUAACAUAAUGCCCGAACCGCACCUGUGCGUCAUAAACAACAGGACGUUUUGGAUCUUCGGCUCACUAGUCGCCUUCUACAUACCCAUGGUCAUCAUGGUCGUCACAUACGCUCUCACGGUCCAGCUUUUAAGAAAGAAGGCCAGGUUCGUCGCUGCGGCCGGGGAAGAGGAGCAGCGUCACUUCAGGCGCCUGGGAGGAAGGUUCAAACACAGAACGCCGCAAAACAACCUCUACAGGACAUCGGGGAAAGGAGCAGAAAGGUACUUUCAGGUUGGGAACGAGCAGGGUUUCACGAACGGUCCGGAAGGGGUCGUCGACAGGUCCACGCAGACUCCGGAGAGCAUAGCCAGAGAGACAAGAAACUGCAGGCUUAAAACGCUAAAACUUCAACUCAACGUCACUCCGCCGACUUUGAAUUUAAGGUUUUUAGCGAGUAGGUCCAAACGGCAGACGAUGGCGGCCAACGUCGUGGCGACUGAACAGAAGGCUUCCAAAGUUCUCGGUGUAGUGUUCUUCACCUUCGUACUCUGCUGGGCGCCCUUCUUCAUCCUCAACAUUCUUUUCGCCAUCUGCCCUUCGUGCAACGUGCCGACCCACGUAGUCGACAUCUGCCUUUGGCUGGGUUACGUCUCGUCGACAAUAAACCCAAUUAUUUAUACGAUAUUCAACAGAACAUUCAGAGCCGCGUUUAUAAGGCUUCUGAUGUGCAAGUGUGGCAGGUGGACCAGGCCAGCCAGGUACAGGUCUGUGAACGAAGCCCGAGGAGGAGGAUCCGCCUUUCCUCUGGCCCUGUCGAUCCAGGGUACACCGGUCUUGACGCCAGCAUCCGCCAGUUCGUACCUGAGGACGCCAUCAGCGUUCCCUGAUUCCUUCACCGUCGGAGAAGGUCCAUGACAGGACACGCAAUUCAAUUAAAAGACUAAAAAAAAAUUCUGUGUCUCAGUGGCCCGGGCUUAGUGAGCGUCGCCCUUUUCAAAACAAAUCCGUGUGCCGUCUUCAUUCUAGUCAUAGCGAGUGAAUUAUUAGAGCUGUAGCGAUCUCUUUAUAAAGACAAUCUUCAUAAUGUAAUUAAACGAAAUAAAG